GUUUUUCUUUUGCAAAUCCAAACGUCGUUGUUUCCCUGUUUAUGUUUCACAGACUGAGAAACAGAGAAAAAACAAACUCGCUUGAGGAAUGGAAUAUACCACCACUAAACCCUCAAAGCCCUCUUCAAACAUAUCCGAGUUGGUUUCAAAAUUUGCCAGAGUUUGCAAGCUGAGAUCCAUGGGUGUUUUGUCUGCUGAAAAUACGUUGAACUCAAGCAACAUUAAUGCCCCACUUGGCGAGGAUAGCAGUGAUAAUACUGAAGAAACUGAAUGUGAUAGUGAUAAAAUACAUCCCCGGCGAGCUGAUGUUUCCUGCGAAAGGAAUAUAUGCGGUGAGGCAGAGGUCUUGAAGUUAUUUGACACUGUUUCUGCACUAAAAUCAGCUUAUCUCCAACUUCAGAAAGCUCAUAUUCCGUAUGACCCGGACAAGAUUAUAGCUGCCGAUGAACUCGUUCUGUCUAAGCUUGAAACACUUUGCAAGAUUAAGCGUGCAUACAAGGAGAAGCAGUUCACAAAAUCAAAGCUUGAUUCGUCUUGCUUGGAACUUCUUCUAUCAGAAGUUAAAGUUAAUGAGAGGCUGUUAAAGAAAUUGAAGUCUGAAAAUAAAACCAAGGACUCUGAGAUUGUCCGCCUGAAGCAAAAACUCCAGGCUUUGGCUUUCAGGAAUGCAAAGCUGGUUGAGAUAAUCAGAAGGGAAAGAGUGGAGAGAGAGAAGACAACGGUUCUGGAUGUAACUAUGUUUCAGAACAGCUUCAAAGCUGCAUCAAAGUCCAUUCAUGAUUUUGCAAAGCCAUUGAUUAGUUUGAUGAUGGCUUCAGGGUGGGAUUUAGACCUAGCAGUAAAAUCAAUUGAUGAUGGAGUUGCAUACUCCAGGAAGCGCCACAAGAAGUAUGCAUUUGAAGCCUACAUUGCAUGGAGAAUGUUUCAUGGAAUGUUGCUUGAGUCCUAUAAUUGCAAUGAUAUAAUGAAGUUUGAUGAUCCAAUUGAUGCUCUGAUAGAAAAUCCAGAUUCAGGCUUUGCAAAAUUUUGCAGAAAAAAGUAUCUUUUGGUUGUUCAUCCUAUGAUGGAAAUGUCAUUCUUUGGGAAUUUGGAUCAGAGGAAUUUUAUAUCGAGUGGCAAACAUCCACGGACACCAUUCUACCAGGUCUUUGUGAAAAUGGCAAAGUGGAUAUGGAUUCUACAUGGGAUAGCAUGCUCAAUUGAUCCUGAAGCAAAAAUAUUUGUUGUCAAGAGGGGAAGCCAAUUCUCAGAUGUUUACAUGGAAUCUAUUGAGCAAGACAGAGAAGGUCUGGUGGGUUCUGAUGAGGGACAGGCUACUCAAAAGGUUGAGUUAAUGGUCAUGCCUGGGUUUAGAGUUGGAGAGACAGUGGUGAGAUCUCGAGUUUAUCUUUCGAAGACAAAUUAGCCAAUCCAUAGAUGUUAAUCACCUUUAGU